UUCCUUCCCCCCCGCCUCCCUCUCAUGCAAAAUAUUAGAACCUGCUAGAACCCCUCCUCCAAUAUAUAUGAACCACUUCUUUUUCCUCUACGUUCAGUUCAAUUCAAUUCAAAUUCCUCAGCAUUCGAAGCGAUCCUCGAAGCGUUCUCUGUUUCUCAAUCUUUCUCUCAAAGCAAUCAGCUGCCAGAAGUCUAUAAUUGAAUUUUGAAGUCAAUGGCGGAUGUGCAGAUGGCCGAUGCGGAGACCUUCGCCUUCCAGGCGGAGAUUAACCAGCUUCUCAGCCUGAUUAUCAACACUUUCUACAGCAACAAGGAGAUUUUCCUCCGGGAACUGAUCAGCAAUGCCUCUGAUGCUUUGGAUAAGAUUCGAUUUGAGAGCUUGACCGACAAGAGCAAGCUGGAUGCUCAGCCGGAGUUGUUUAUUCGCCUUGUACCUGAUAAGGUUAACAAGACGCUCUCCAUUAUCGAUAGUGGUAUCGGGAUGACCAAAGCAGAUCUGGUGAACAACCUGGGUACAAUUGCAAGGUCCGGUACAAAGGAAUUCAUGGAGGCAUUGCAGGCUGGCGCUGAUGUUAGCAUGAUUGGGCAGUUCGGUGUGGGGUUCUACUCUGCUUACCUUGUUGCAGAGAAGGUCAUUGUUACCACCAAGCACAAUGAUGAUGAGCAGUAUAUUUGGGAGUCACAAGCUGGGGGUUCAUUCACCGUUACGAGGGAUGUAGAUGGUGAGAAACUUGGCAGAGGAANNNUAUUGACUCUGUUUCUGUGCAAUGUGCAGCUGGAAUACUUGGAGGAAAGGAGAAUAAAGGAUCUCGUAAAGAAGCACUCUGAAUUCAUUAGCUACCCGAUUUACCUCUGGACUGAAAAGACGACAGAGAAAGAAAUUAGUGAUGAUGAGGAUGAGGAACCCAAGAAGGAAGAGGAGGGUGAUGUUGAGGAGGUUGAUGAGGAGAAAGAGAAAGAUAAGGGCAAGAAAAAGAAGAUCAAGGAGGUUUCUCAUGAGUGGCAGCUCAUCAACAAGCAGAAACCUAUCUGGCUCCGCAAACCUGAGGAGAUCACGAAAGAGGAGUAUGCCUCUUUCUACAAGAGCUUGACUAAUGACUGGGAGGACCACCUCGCUGUCAAGCACUUCUCUGUUGAAGGUCAGCUUGAGUUCAAGGCAAUCCUCUUUGUGCCAAGAAGAGCUCCGUUUGAUCUCUUCGACACCCGGAAGAAAAUGAACAACAUUAAACUCUAUGUCAGAAGGGUCUUCAUCAUGGAUAACUGUGAAGAGCUCAUUCCCGAGUACCUUGGAUUUGUCAAAGGUGUUGUGGAUUCUGAUGACUUGCCACUUAACAUCUCCCGUGAGAUGUUGCAGCAAAACAAGAUUCUGAAAGUUAUUAGAAAGAACCUUGUGAAGAAGUGCAUUGAGAUGUUCAAUGAGAUUGCAGAGAACAAGGAGGACUAUAACAAGUUCUAUGACGCUUUCUCUAAGAACUUGAAGUUGGGUAUCCACGAGGACAGCCAAAACAGGGCUAAAUUGGCUGACUUGCUUCGAUAUCACUCAACCAAGAGUGGAGAUGAGAUGACAAGCCUGAAGGACUAUGUUACCAGAAUGAAGGAGGGGCAGAAGGACAUUUACUACAUCACUGGUGAGAGCAAGAAAGCUGUAGAAAACUCACCGUUCUUGGAGCGGCUCAAGAAGAAGGGCUAUGAGGUGCUUUUCAUGGUUGAUGCUAUUGACGAGUAUGCAGUUGGGCAGUUGAAGGAGUAUGAUGGCAAGAAAUUAGUUUCUGCCACCAAGGAGGGGUUGAAACUUGACGAUGAGACCGAGGAAGAGAAAAAGAAGAAAGAGGAGAAAAAGAAGUCGUUUGAGAGCCUCUGCAAGGUAAUGAAGGACAUUCUCGGCGACAAGGUUGAGAAGGUGGUUAUUUCCGACAGAAUUGUGGACUCCCCAUGUUGUCUGGUGACUGGAGAAUACGGUUGGACGGCAAACAUGGAAAGGAUCAUGAAGGCCCAGGCUCUGAGAGACAGCAGCAUGAGCUCAUACAUGUCUAGCAAGAAGACCAUGGAAAUAAACCCCGACAAUGGAAUCAUGGAGGAGCUGAGGAAGAGAGCUGAGGCCGACAAGAACGACAAGUCGGUUAAGGACCUCGUUCUGUUGCUAUUUGAGACUGCAUUGCUCACUUCUGGCUUCAGCCUGGAUGAUCCCAACACCUUCGCAUCGAGAAUCCACAGGAUGCUGAAGUUGGGUCUGAGCAUUGAUGAGGAUGAAGGUGGCGACGAUGCUGACAUGCCAGCCCUUGAAGAAGAGGGUAACGAAGAAAGCAAAAUGGAGGAGGUUGACUAAAUUAAAAUGGUUUCCUUGUGACUGAACAAUUUUCUGGGAUUUUACGGUUUUAUUUAUACGAGGGUUUGAUAUAGUGGGCGCAAGUGUCUAUCAAAUUAUAAGCGUCUUAUCUUACUUUUUCCCUUCGAGAGCGUUUCAGUAUAUGUGUGUGUCUCAAGUUGUUAAUGUGUCUCAUAAGCCAUACGUGUCCUGUACAACAUGUACUGUUUUCUGCUACAAGUGAAAUAGUGGAAUGGUCCUUGUUGUUGUUCCUAUGUUCCCAA